AUGAGCCCAGGGGUUUGCCUCCUCCUGGGCCUCCUCAUCCUCGGGGCAGAGCCAGGCACUGCACCAGGGGAGGAAGGAGCCAAGGAAGGCGUGUGCCCGGGGGGGGCCGUGGGGGAGGCCCUGCACGUGUUCUGCCUGGCGGACGAGUCCUGCCCCGGGGCCGAGAAGUGCUGCCACGACGGGGACGUGAGAGCCUGCACCAUCCCCAGCAAAGGGGAGCCACAGAAGCCGGGGACGUGCCCCCGGGACUUCACGCGCUGCCUCCGCCUGGAGCCCCCCCUCUGCACCAACGACUCGUGCCUGGAGGACAAGGACUGCCUGGGCAGCAAGAAGUGCUGCCCGCUGGGCUGCGGCCCGGCCUGCCUGGAGCCGCUGCAGGGUGAGGCCUCCUGCGGGGCCGGCCGGAGCCGUGCGCCGUGCCAGAGCCCCGGCUCCCCGCGGCGCGGCUCAGGGCGCGGUGCCGCAGACACCUGCCACCUCCCCGCCGCGCCGGGACCCUGCGGCGGCCGCGAGCUCCGCUUCUUCUACAACGUCACCUCCGGGCGGUGCGAGACGUUCCCCUACGGCGGCUGCGAGGGCAACCCCAACAACUUUGGGACGCGGGCAGCGUGCCGCCGGGCGUGCGUGGGCCACGACAAACCCAAACCCGGGGCGUGCCCGGCGGUGCUGCCGGAGCUGGAGGGGCCGUGCCGGGAGGAGUGCGAAGGUGACAGCGACUGCCCCAGCUCACAGAAGUGCUGCAACAGCAGCUGUGGCCACCAGUGCCUGCCUGCAGCCCCGGCCAGGAAGGCCGGCUUCUGCCCAGCCAGCGCGGGGCUGUUCCCCAGCUACGACUGCAGAGAAUGGUGCCAGCGAGACGCCGACUGCCCCGGCACGGAGAAGUGCUGCCUGCGCGGCUGUGACUACGUGUGCCUGCGCCCGGCCCAAGAGAAACCGGGGAUCUGCCCCCUGACCGAGGCGGCACCGCGGACCAGGGCCCCGUGCCAGGCCUCCUGUGCAGAAGACUGGCAGUGCCCAGGGGACGAGAAGUGCUGCAGCAGCAGCCGAUGUGGCCGGGUCUGCCUGGCUCCAGAACGAGACAAACCUGGCCAGUGCCCAAAGGUGAGGCCACGGCAGACAUCGGAGCUGUGCACGGAGGAGGACGCCUGUGGCCACGACAGGGACUGUCCCCGGCAGGAGAAGUGCUGCUUCUCCGGCUGCGCCAUGCGCUGCAAGCGCCCUGCCAGGGAGCACCCCGGGGAGUGCCCCCGGGCAGAGCCGUGCUGGGACCCACGGCACAGGCGCGGGAGCCAGUGCCUGGACGACAGCGCCUGCCAGCGGGACGAGAAGUGCUGCAGCACGGGCUGCGCCUGGGCGUGCGUGGCCGUGGCCGUGCCCGGAGAGAGCCAGGACAGAGCCCCCGGGCAGUGCAUGGAGGAGUGUGACACCGACGUGCAGUGCCCCCAGGGACAGAGGUGCACCAGCACCGGCUGCGGCCGUGUCUGCAGGGACAUCCCUGGAGGGAGGGUGGGAGCGUGCCCCAUCCCCAGGGAUGGCGGGACGUGCUCGGACCUGUGCAGCUUCGACGAGGAGUGUCCCUGGGGCCAGAAGUGCUGCAGCAACGGCUGCGGCCACGUCUGCACGCCUGCCUCUCUCGAAGAGCGCGACGUGGCCGUGGUGCCACAGCACGAUGGACGGUGCGCGGAGGAGUGUGACGCCGACUCGCAGUGCCCCCAGGGACAGAGGUGCACCCGCGCCAGCUGUGGCCGUGUCUGCAGGGACAUCCCCGGAGGGAGGGUGGGAGCGUGCCCCAUCCCCAGGGACGGCGGGACGUGCUCGGACCUGUGCAGCUUCGACGAGGAGUGUCCCUGGGGCCAGAAGUGCUGCAGCAACGGCUGCGGCCGUGUCUGCACACGGGUUCCUGACGAUGCUGCGUGACGGGAGAGCAGCAGCUCUGUGGCAGGAAGGUGCCGUCGUUCCGGGACACU